GGGAAUUUAAGCCUGCAAGACAGGGAACUGGUCCAUUGAGAACGGAUGGGGUACGUAUAUGUAACCUCCUUUACGUUGGCUACAUAUGCUAACAAAAUGACGCAGCACCAACCAGGACGAAAAACCGCCCCAGCAGACUAUGUACCUGAAUUCCAUGCUCAAACACUUCCUCCCGGUACCGCCCCUGCCAGCAACUCCUACACACCAAACCCCAUUUACGACACUGGCAGCCAAGCGUUGAACCCAAAUGUUGAACGGGCCCACGGCAAGGAGUCCGUCAAGACAAGUGCCAGCGACGCUUUGGGAGGCACAACAUCGAAGGAUGUCCACCAGGGUUUCGGUAAUCCAGGAUCUGGACAGACCAAGAAUGAAAUUUAUCACGAUGGCCAACACCACCGAAAGCACGAGCGCGCCGGUCUUGAGGGCGUCGGUAGCUAUCGACAGGACAAGUUUGAGCGAACCCUUCCAGAGCAGCGUGGACUUGAGCGAGAGGAAGCUAGAGGUGGCCAGCAUGGUAACAAGGGUGUCUCGGCUGCUGAGGAUAUUCCCCCACAGCCAGCAGAGACAGUGGCUGCGGGGAGGUAAAAGCCUGGCACCAAGAGGGACUGAAUAGCAUAGAGGCUCGGGCUCUGUGUUGAAUCCCAAAAACAAGGAAAUAGGGUAUCUCACUAUCAUGUAUCAAUAUCUCCAGAAGAAAGCCUUCGCCUUUAUGAAGCAGCUCGUC